GCUCGCUUGAUUAGAGUAUGCAACGGAGCCAGCGCCGUGAGUCUGCGCAAAGAAGUUCUCAAAUCUGGCCGUCACCUGUAUUGAAAAGUUUUAUCGUGUAAUAUAAAGUGGGGAUUCGUGAAAUUCUGGACGCCCCCUAGUAGCAUACGUGCGUCACAACGUGUAGCGUCUUGCACGUAUACUGUCAAGCCAAAAUCGCGGUGUUAGUUACAGAACUGGCAACGAAUCGAUGUAAACAAGUAAAAUAAAGAUGGUGACGAUCAGUGAUUUUUUCGUCAUAACAAAUUAUCGCGAUUGAACUUUUUACAUGCUUUUUAUAUAUUAUACGGACAGAACGGAGCUAAUUUCGACUACUGUCACGAUCAUCGAAACAUGCUGUUUUCAGUAAAGGUAAUUACUUACAAUUAUAAACAUAAACCGAUAAUAAAUUGUGAAAAAAGAUAUUGGAAUGAAUUUGGUUGGGAUAAACUUUUAUUGGUUUUUUAUGAAUUUGUUAUCAUGUGAUAUGAUUUCUUUAUAAGCAGUCUGAAAAUAACGUGCAAAAUGUUUAGUUUCCAUAAACCAAAAGUGUAUCGAUCUAGUACUGGAUGUUGCAUCUGUAAAGCUAAAUCAAGCAGCUCAAGAUUUACAGAUAGUAAAAAAUAUGAAGAUGAUUUUAUGGAAUGUUUUCAACUUGAGGAAAGAAGAACUGGAGAAAUUUGUAAUGCAUGUGUACUCUUGGUAAAAAGGUGGAAAAAAUUACCUGCAGGAAGUAACCGCAAUUGGAGACAUGUUGUAGAUGCACGUGCAGGACCUGGUAUUAAAUCAUUGACAAAAUUUAAAUCAAAAAAUAAAAAGAAAAUAAAAGAUAUACCGGAAAAGUUUGAAAAGAUUAUGAAGAAAAAACAUAUGUAUUUAAAAGCAGAUAGAGAUCGGGAACAAAGCCCAGCAAUGAGUGAUGAUUUAACAGAAGAUUAUUUGAAUGGAGAUGGUAGUAAAGGUUCAAGUCGAGCUGGUAGUCCUGUAGGUAGUGAUGAUAUUCCAGUAACUGAAAAACAAUUAGAUAUGCAAGAUGAUCCAGAAUCAAAGGAUGACUUAACUGUCAGUGGUUUUAUUGAUUUAACAUAUUUUAAAAGGGAAAUUAUUUGUUGUGGAACAAUAUUUAAAGGUCGAUAUGGAGAAGUAAUAGUGGAUCCUUCAUUGAUAAAACCUUGUAUUGGUUGUAUAGCUAGACAACAACGACAACAACAAACAAAUGCAUUGAGUUGCAGUCCUGUGCAUAGUUCUGCAUCUGCCAGCCCUGUUCACAGUUCUGCAUCUGCUAGUCCUGCCCAUAGUGUAGAGUCUAGUACAGAAACAAUGGUCUCUAAGCAAGCAAGUAAAACAUUUAGUGAUUCAUCGUCAGAUUCUGGCUAUGACGAAUCUUCCAACCAAGGAGUUGGUGAGAGUAAAAUUACCAAAAUUAUUCAAAAUGCAAGUGCUACUGUAAAACCAGCAGUUAAAAUACAACCAUUGAAGAGUGUUCAAUUAAAAGCUAUACCAGUAUCGGAAGCUGUCAGGUUAAAAACAGAUGUACCAAUUAAAUUGGUACCUAUAAAACAAAUUGAUCAAUUAUCUUGUAAACCAUUAUCAUUAGUUUCUUCUGCUAAUGUUACUUUAAGCAGUAGUACUUCACACUCCAUUGUUACCGUCCCAAAUAAUCCACUUGUCGAUUUUGCCAUGCACGCAGCCUCUUCUAGGCAAUCAGUCUCUAAUUAAUGUCAGUCUUUUAUAGAAUUUUAAUUUAUUUUUUUUUUUUUUUUUUUUUUUUUU